AAAAAUGGCGCGACAGCAAGUGUUAAGCCGAAGCACAAAGGAAGUUUUCGGUCGUUGUUGCGUUCGAAAAGUGGAAGUUCACAUACAAUGAGUGGCAACUUUAGUCGUUCUUCCACGGAUGAAGUCGAUUAUGCCUCUCCUUCCAUCACAUUCGGCGGCACUCUUGGUCGCUACCGUUCUCGUCUCAAUUCCUACAACGACAGCCAAUUCGCCGAUAACGACGAUGUCUUUGUCUCGCCGCCCCAACAGAAAUUCAGCACAACUUUGAGACCAACUUCCGCCAAAGUCGCGCAACAAAACCAAGCUGCGACCCUCGAUAGUCGUCGUCACUCCAUCGGAUCGUUCAUCGCAAAGGAAAAACCUCGUACUGGCUCCGUAUCGGACCAAGUUCCGAGCAUGCCGGCACCCAAACCGCCCGCUUACAAUUCGACCACUGUGGGAGCUCGCUUGAAAAAUCACUUCAAAAUGGUUUCCACAGGAACGGAUGAUAUUUUGGUCGUUACAGCACGUCAAAGUGAGCCGGGCAUCCUUUGGGUGAACUAUUUGAAGACUUGCUUUGAUAAAAUUACGAAACAACGAGGACGGGUGCCUUUCAACUUCCUACAUUUAAAAAUCGACGAAGAAAAUCUCACCCAAGAGUUGAUCCAACGAUGUUUAGCUACAAAAUUACAAAUUAUCGUCAUUUGUCCCGCUCUCAUAAGUUUACCGCCGUCAUUUUUGAUGACUUCUCUAUCAGCUCUCCUGAAGCCGGAGAAAGUUUUGGGGCUCUUACUCGACGUUACCGAAGGAAAAAUGGCUGAAAUUCACAAAACAAUGCUUCCCAACUACAAACAAUGGCGUCGCUGCAUCGUUCGUAACCAAGAUCAGUCAUUUGUGAGCGAUUUAUUGGGCAUCGCGACAGAUAUUCUUGGCAGAGCGUUACGACAACAGCCCACAAGUACGGAAAUGUUGCCAUCGCCGCUCCAUAUCAGCACCGCAAGUUCUAAUUUGAAGACGCCGACGACAGGGGGCACUGCAGACAGUUUCACAAUUCUCCCGCGCAAAGUUAAAAUCGGUCAAAAUAAAGUUGUAGUGUUGCUAAAUGACCCGCUAACGAAAGACGACUGGAUUAAAAUCAAAAUUGAGCGUACUGGGCAUACGAGUGAAGUGACAAAUGUCAAACGAAGGAAUCCGUAUGCGAUUCAAUUCAACAUUCCCGAUGCUUGUAUGGAAGUUUCGUGCAUGAUUAAUGUCCGCGUGGAGAAAAAUAACCAAGAUUUGGGCAUGAGACCGAUUAAAUGCGAAAGUCGCUUGAAAGAGUUGGAACUUUUGCUCAAAUUUCAGGAUAUGCCGAUGGAGUUUAUGUGCAACUCGCUUGGAAUUGUCGGAAAUGAUCGGGACAAGUUGGAUACUUACUUGAUGGAAUCUUUUAAGAGAAAUAUUCCGCCGGAUUUUCAUCUGUUGGCGACGCCUGCUCAAGAGCAUAACAACGUUUUUAAGACUUAUCGUGGAAUGAUUACCGAAGAAUACCCGACAAUGUUACAUUUUGCCGCUAGAUGGGGCUUGGAGAAGCUCUGUGUGCUGCUUUUGGAGUGUCCGGGAGGCGUAGCUGCUUGUGAGAUGAAAAGUUGCAGCGGAAAAGUACCUUCUGAACUAGCAGAAUUGGCGGGACAUCUUAAAUUGAGCACUACGAUUAAAAAUUUCACGCAAAUGAACGAAUUCUCAACCGUUUAUCAGUACUUCAAAGGCAUCAGCGAAACCAACCCAAACAUGAUCGCCAUCGAAACCAAGGAAAAACCCGAAAUCCCCGAAAAACCCGCUUCAGAACCCUCAGAAGACCCCGAACCAACUCUCAAAGUCCCUCAAGCCGAAGGAUAUCUCGUCAUGAGUGGCAGCGCCAGCGGAAGUGACGUCACAGAUUCCGCCGUAAACGCCGUGAGCAACUUAAACUACCUAAACGUCGCCGACGAAGAAGUAGCUGCCGCUAGUUUAAUCGAACUCGGCGAAAUGGCAAAACCCGUAGAACAGGAAGUCAUGACAAACGAACUGAAAAUCACUGAACCAGUUUACUUCGAAUCACAAGAAGUCAACCAAAAGUCGUCGGAUGUCCUAAGUCAGGAAUGCACAAACACCUUGGAUAACUUAACCGCCACUAUCGGCGAUUUCGGGGACUAUUUGACGCAUCCAUCGAACAUUCCAGUGGAUGAAACGACGCCGAAUAACAGCCCAAAGCUAGUUCAAAGUCGCAGUUUGCCUCUCCGGAGUCAGCUGAAGUUGAGUCUCCCACCGAAUGCGACAAAUUUGUUGAGUGAAUCGCAAAAUUCUCUGGUUUCGCCAACGACGCAGCUUCAAAGAAGCAAAACUAACCCAUUUUUGGAAGAAGCGUCUCACGUGAAAAUGUCUUUUAAGAAAAAAGAUGAAGAUACGAGAAGUAAGGCAAGCACCCUAAAACGUCAGGGCAGCGAUUUAUCGAAGAAAAGUGUCGACGAUGAAUUGUUAGAAAUCAUAAAUGACUUUAAAAAUAACGUUUUUACGAUACAAGAAGUCGAACAACUUGUCGCCACGUGGAAACAAAGAAACGACGUUCAACAAAGUGUCACCGAACGCCACGAACAACUGCAAAAAAUGCGGGAAGAAUACGAUCGGAUUCAGCGUGAGAUGAAAGAUAAGCUUAAAAGACCGACGCCCUUUGAACGUGUCAAAAAACUCUUUUCCCGCAGCAAAACUCCGUCAAAAGACACGCCCUCUACUGCCACAACGCCAUCUGUUGACGAGAUCAAAUUUUCCCUCGUAAACCAGCAAAAUCAUCGUCCGAUCAGCAGUUUGAGUCUCCAUAGCGUUUCAAGUUCCUCUUCGGGUCGCAUGAGUACCGGAAGUGCUUGCAGCAGCCUCGGCGACAGCGGAACUCAUUCCGAUAACGAAACACGAAGAAAUCUCUUUGGCUCGUGUCGCGUCGGAAAUGCCGGAAGUUUGAUGGAAAAUUAUUUGAUUCCGCCAACGCCGCGUCCUUUGCAGAAUUUAACUCAAGCCCAACAGCAACAGGAAAUGAUGCGCCAAGCGGCGGAACAUUAUAUCUUAUUCCCCUCGAAUAUUCCUUACACGCCAUCUGUUGACCAGAGUCACGUAUCAAACGCGGAUUACAUCAAUUAUCCCACUUUAAAGACGAUUGUCGAGCAAAAAGAAACGGAAAUUCCGGUGUCUGUGCAAACUAUUCAACUACAAAAGACUGAACAUAACUUUUCGAGUCUCCCCACGUAUUUGAACUCGGCAUGCGUUAAUGAAGCGAACAGCGUUUCGAGUAGUUUCAAACCAAAUAGCCCGGCAGUUACGGUUCAUACGAUAAACACGCAGUACACGGACAACAAAAAAACCGAACAAAUUUUGAAUGAACUGAAAUUCAAUGAAAUUUGUAAGAGCAUUGAGGAUCUGACGAGAAGCCCGGGAAGUAGUGAAGCGUCGAAUAGUACCGUGCAAAGCCCGCAACACACGACUGUCCAUCACGAUUAUAUGAAUGUCAGGAUUUAA